AUGGUCAUGUUAGAAAAACAAACUUGUUUGAAUUUUGGUGCUAGUGAGACUUCCUCUUUUUCCUUUGGUGCUGCUACAACUGCUGCUUCCACUUCCAAUACCAACACUUCUUCCACAACAACCACUACAACUUCUCAACCAGUUAGCUCUUCCUUUGGUACUACCACAACACCUUCAGCAACUACAUUUUCCUUUCAACCACUUCCAACAACAACAACAAGUAACAAUACCAAACCAAUAACAGGUUCCUGCUUUGGUACAACACCAAAUCCUACAAGUACACAACCUCCUUUGGCAAGCACUGGUGCAACUUUUGGAUCUUUUUCAGCUACACAAGCUCCUAGUUCUACUGGAGGAUUUGGUACAUCACCAUUUGGUUCUGUUCAAGCCACCACUGCAAGCAACAGCAAUCCAUCUGUUGGUUUUAAUUUGAAUUGUACAUCUACCGUAUUCCAAACCUCUACCGUCAAUACUGGAGAUUAUAUUCCUCUUAGUGGUCCUAAUGGUAUUGAUUUGAUUAAAAAGUGCACUAAUUUCAGCGAUUUGGAUAUUAAGAUUCUUUCCAAUGACAAAGUAUACACUACUUUAAGUUGCAACAGAGUACUAAUCACUAAUUUAUCCGACAAAUUCGAUAAAUUGGUCAAGAAUAAGAUUGUUAAGGAUUCUGACAAGUUUAUUCUCACAAUUUCUACUGAGGAAUUUGAAUCAAGUAUUGGAAAAAUUGAUGCUCAAGUUUUGACUCACUUGUUUGAAUGUAUUGUUAGGGAAUCAACUCAAGUGCAUGUUAAUCACUCAUUCCAUUUACUGGUUCUUCUCAAUCAAUUGGAUUUAUUGAGUACUAUGAGAAUUUUAAGAAACUUGAUUUGUAACAGCUUUACACAACCACAUGCUCUUUUAUUCGCCACUAAAUUCAAUAAUUACUAUACUGAAGGUCGUACGGUUAAUGUUGAAUUAAUGAGUUUGUUCCUCACCUCUAUUAACAAUGUAGUUGGUGGAAUUGACAAGAUUUCAAAUCAAUUUGCGUUUGGAAAAAUUAAUCAACAUCUCUUAGAACAUUUCCUCAGCUCUAAAUCCAAGACAGCUCCUUUGAGAUGCAUCUUUCAUUCUAUUGAUAUUUGGUUGGAAAGCAACAAGACCAUUGCAAGUGAUCCUAUUCAAGUGGCCACUCUUGUUGAUUCCAUUCAUUUAGAAGCAUCAAAGGAUCAUUCUCAAAUUAUUUCAACUCUCAGUUGUUGCCCAUCCAGAUUCCAAUUCCUCAAUACUUUGGAUCCAGUUAUGCGUUUGAAACUUAUUCACAAACAUGCCCUUCUCAUUAAAUAAAGAAUUAUUGAACUGC